AUGUAUUCUAAUUGUAACAUCUGUUACGUGUUUUUCAACCGAAUUGAAAACAUUUUUGUAAUUCAAUCAGUGAACGGAAGGGAAGGGUUUUACCAUUCCAGGUAUGUGAGACGCUUUCGACUGGAGAGUUUCCAUGAGCCAAUUGAGCACUGGUUCGUCCAGAAAGUGAAUCAUUUCAAUGUAGCUGAUGGCCGAGUGUGGAACCAGAGAUUUUAUAUCAACGACACGUAUUAUAAACCUGGGAGUCCUGUCUUUCUGAUGAUCGGAGGAGAGGGGGCUUUAAACCCAACAUGGAUGGAGCAUGGUACUUGGCUAACAUAUGCUAAAAAGUUGAAUGCCCUUUGCAUAUUUCUGGAACAUCGGUUUUAUGGAAAAAGUUGGCCAACACAGGACUUGAGCACAGCAAACCUCCAUUACCUUCGCAGCAGCCAGGCUCUGGCUGAUCUCGCCCACUUUCGAAAUAUGAUGGGAGUCAAAAUGAACCUGACACUAAAUAAAUGGAUUGCUUUUGGAGGUUCUUAUCCAGGGACCCUUGCAGCCUGGUUCAGACUGAAGUACCCUCACCUGGUCUACGGUGCAGUUGCAACCAGUGCUCCCAUGCGCGCAGUGAUCAACUUUACAGAGUAUCUCGAGGUGGUUUCGAAUGCUUUGGCAGCCUAUAGUCCCCAGUGCCCUUUACUGGUGAAGAAUGCCUCGGAUUCUCUGGUAAAGAUGUUGAAAAAACAUUCCUCCAUCAAAAAGAUAUCGAAAGAUUUCAAGUUGUGUGAAAGACUUAAAAUAAGGUCCUACAUGGAUUCUUCUUAUUUCUUGGAGGCGUUGGCUGGUAAUUUCAUGGAUGUGGUCCAGUAUAAUGAGGACAAUCGAAUUUUUGAGGAUCCAAAAGGUACCAACAUCACUAUUCAGGUACUCUGUGAUAUCAUGGCAAAUUCAUCGUUGGGUGUACCCUACAAGAGAUAUGCUGCAAUUGUACAAAUGAUGUUGCAAAUAUAUGACGAGAAAUGUCUGGAUACUAGUUACAGCAAGUUUUUACAGGAUAUGUCUAAUAUCACUUGGACAGGAUUAGCAGCAGAUGGAAAUAGACAGUGGGAGUAUCAGUCGUGUGCUGAAUUUGGCUUUUUUCAGUCAGCGGAUUCAAUACUUCAGCCUUUCUCUGGCUUUUCUCGCCGUUACAAACUUCAGCAGUGUGUGGAUAUAUUUGGUCCAAAGUUUAAUGCGAGUGCAGUUGCCAAUGCGAUACAGCAGACCAACGAAUGCUAUGGAGGCCUUAACAUUAAAAGCAGUCGGAUUGUCUUCCCCACGGGCUCAAUGGAUCCUUGGCAUAUAUUAAGCAUCACAAAGAAUCUUAGUGUGGAUGUUCCAGCUAUUUACAUUCAAGGUACAGCGCAUUGUGCUAACAUGUAUCCAGCACGAUCAGAGGACCUACCACAGCUUACAAGGGCAAGAGAAGAGAUUUUGCAGCUGCUUCAAAACUGGCUUAAAUAGUCGGUUCAUUUAAAUCAGC